UAUUAAGUGAGGACCAAAGCAACAGUUCAUCUCCCUUCCCCCUCUACAAAAGACAAACACAACAUUAUUUAUUAAUCUGAUAUACUUUGGACUUAACCAACAUUAGAUUAGAUCGUACAAGGUAGCAGCAUUACAUGCAAUUUUCCAUGGCCUCAAGCUCUCUUAAUCCCAUCAUCAUCAGCCAUCGCUAAAACAAAAACACAAUUCUAUCUCUCACACUCUACUCCUUGGACUCAUUCACUAGCAUCAAUUCCUAUAUACCGAAACCUCCCCUUCUCCUCCACUUGUCAUCACAUAACAAACACUACCACCCACCCUUCAAAUCCAGAGAAACAACAGCAUACAAUUUAAGAGAUUAGAUCAUAAAUAAGUAUUCUUCUUCUUCUUCAAGAACGGCAAACAGCAUAAACCCGAAGAAAACCCAGAUGGGUUCAAUAAAUUAGAUCUCAAGAUUGUAUAGAGAGAGAGAGAAAGUGGGGUCUUCUUGUUUUCGUUGAUUAAUGGCGACGCUGCAUAAAUUCAAGCUAUUAGCUACACAAUGUGCAGUGACAGCAACACCAACGCAAAGUCCAACGACAAGUCCCGUCUUCCACAUCCGCCGCCGGAGGAAGACUCUUCGGAUGCUACUUUCAAAGAACUCCGAUGUUCGCCGGAGGAUUCCACGGCGAGAAGAUGAAUCGGAAGAAGAGGAAGAUCCGUUGCCCGAGAAGAGGGUGAGGAGGAAAUUGAAGGAUUUGUUUGUGUCUUCGCCGCCUUUUGAGGAGAUGGAGAGGAGGAGUGGUGAGCGUGGUGGCGGUGAGGAGGUGGGGUUGAUUAGUGGUGGUGCAGCGGCGGUGAGGAGAGGUGGUGUCGGUGGCGGCGCGUUGAGACCGGUUGCGGCGUCGUUGAGAUAUAGAUUGUUAAGGAGAGCUUGGAGACCUGUAUUAGUUACCAUCCCUGAGUAGUAAAUUGUUUCUGAAAAAUUGUACGGACAAAUGGAAUAUUUUUGUUUCUUCUA